UUGCGGAACUCCGAAAUGUAUCGGUUCCGACCCACUCGCAGAAGGUUGUGAAUUCCGUAGGGACCGCGAGACAAACGCUUCACAUGCCCCAAGUGAGAUAGGACCUUGUGCAUAUGAUUGGAUGAGUUAAGGCUCAUCUGAUGUUCUAAUGUUUGCACACAUACAGUAUGUAUAUCGAACUUCGAAGAACGGACGGGUUGUUACAGAAAGUCCUCGUCAAGUGUUUCAGAACCUCGAUCAACAUCUCAAAGCCACGUUUUCAACCUCGUGCCGAACACGUGGAAUAUUUGAAGGUACAAUCGGCGUCUGUAUUCACUGCCUCGGAAGGUUCGCCUUGUUGGUAGGAUCACCCACAAAUAUCAACUAUGAGCCCGUUCACUAAACCCACCAUCUCCAAACCCUCACUUGAGUGGCGGCCAUGUCUGGGCCGUACGUCCUCCUUCAAUUCGGGGCGGAUUUUUACAACGUGCGCUUCGAGGACUUGGAAGGCAGACUCGCCUUCACAGUGAAGAUGGUCGAUGAGAGCCCCAACCUCAUACUCAAGCUCACUCGAGAGGCUCCCUGGGCACAGCAACAUCCAGAUAUUAUGGGGCCAAGCUCCUCAUUCUUCUACUUUGGACCCUCUCGCACGCCUGGGUACAUUGUGUACGGAAACAGUCCGACACAGCCUAUGACACACUCUCGCCGACAGAAGAAGGAAGGUAGCACUUCGCGCUACUUUACGGCUCGGAGCGGCGCCGAAUACAAGUGGAGAAUAACCCCUACGAAGCUAGAAUGCGUAGAUAAUAAGGGAGCCGUGCAAGCUAUUUGGGAAGCGUCGCAGCUAGAAGACGAGUUCCAUGCAAAGCUUACCAUCAAACACUCUGGAUUGGCUAUUGUCACCGAGAUUCUAACGACCCUCGCGCUGAAUCGCAUGGCACAUGCUUUCUGUUGGUGACUUCAUUAUACCGACUCGUUCACCCUGCAACACACCCCAACCUCACCUUUCAAUCAGAUACUUGAUUGUACCUUGAUUCUUCAGGAUAUACAGAUUGUGUUUCGAUAUUUACUCUCUGCCGCCUGUUUGAGUAGCACAUCUUCUCUCCCAAUGCCCACACACAUGGCAGGUCUAAUCAAUGGAAGCCUAUCAC